GUUACGAUUAUGAAAUGUGGUUAAAUCCGCAUGAUGAUUCAAUUUACUCAUUAUAUCAAGGUAUUAAGGAUCCAAAUCUGGAUAGACACUCAAAUAAAGCCAAAUCCCGUCAUUUCCCGGUUAAUGGCCUGGGAGCUACAAAUCAAUCGUCAUCAUCGAAUGAUACCCGUAAUAUUUACAAUAAUCCCUAUACCUCGUCGGCGGCAACAUCGUCGGCUAUGCAACAACAGCAGCAGCAGCAACAACAACAUCAACAAAUGCGUCAUCAACAAUUGUCACAACAUGUUUACAAGUCAAUAGCCGGUAGUACCGGUGGCAGCAGUGCUGGCUAUGAUUAUUCAACACCAAAUCCAACGGAUCAACAGGCAGCUGGCGGUUCCAAUAGUCAUCAUUUGACAGAUGCGGAAAAUGCUUUUCUCAAUCAUAAUAACGGUAUGUAAUGCUUCAUUUCCUGGUGUCCGUAUAAAAAUUAUGGUAUGUAAACAAAAAAUGGCAAAACUUUAAGAAAACAAUCAGAACUUUUUCGCGUAACAACAAUAGAACCAUU